AUGGCUGCUGUGGAAAACAUACUGAGAAUUCUUUAUCUAAUGCAUCAAUGCUUUGUUCACAUCCAGCACGCCCGGGCAUUUGAAGAAGAAUUCGCAAGAUACCAGCUCCGCCUUCAAGCGCAACUUUAUCACUGUUCAAGACUUAUCGAAGAUAUGGACCGUGCCGAGAAUUCUUUGCCCAUGAAUGCAAUCGAUGAUCCAGAGAAUACAUCAGAAGGAAAGGAACGAUCAAUAGUAGAAGUGCUCUCUGACGCUCGAGACGCCCUCCGCAAAGCGCAGCGCGAAGCUGCAAAGAUUCAAGCCGAGCUCGCCACAACUGCCCUCCAGCUACAAGACGCCAACUCUAACACCACACUCAAUCUCAAAACAAUGCAUGUUCGGGUUACGGGGUUUCUUGAUAAACGAAAGGUGCAAGCAGUAAAGACAAUUGAAGCAAUGAAGUGGGUUUUUUACAAGAGAGACAUUUGCAACAAGUUAGUUACAGAUAUCGCUCUGCUGAUGAACGAUCUAGAGCGCCAAGUCGUGAGUGAUACCAGGAUCAUGUACAUUACACAAACACAUCCUUCAAUCAUAUUCAACGCGGAACGUGAUGACGUUUAG